CGCAAGCACGACGCCCGCUCCAGCGCGGCGGGGCCGGGGCGGCGCAGCAGGUACCAUCUGGAAGAUGAAUCUGCACAUUUGGAUGAGAUGCCCCUUAUGAUGUCUGAAGAGGGCUUUGAGAACGAUGAAAGUGAUUACCACACACUACCGCGAGCGAGGGCCACGCACAGGAGAAGAGGCCUGCGGUGGCUGCUGUGUGGUGGCUGGAAGUUCCUCUGUACCAGUUGCUGCGAUUGGCUAGUGAGUAUGUGUCACAGAAAGGAAGAACUGAGAGCUCGCACAGUCUGGCUUGGACACCCUGAGAAGUGUGACGAGAAGCAUCCCAGAAACUUUAUUAAGAACCAGAAAUACAAUGUACUGACUUUCAUACCUGGGGUUUUAUAUGAACAAUUCAAGUUUUUCUUGAAUCUCUAUUUCCUGGUAGUAUCCUGCUCACAGUUUGUACCUGCAUUGAAAAUAGGCUAUCUCUACACCUACUGGGCUCCUCUGGGCUUCGUUUUGGCUGUCACUAUAACGAGGGAAGCCAUUGAUGAGUUUCGGCGUUUUCAGCGUGACAAAGAAGUGAACUCACAGCUGUAUAGCAAACUUACAGUGAGAGGUAAAGUGCAAGUUCAGAGUUCAGACAUACAAGUUGGAGACCUCAUCAUAGUGGAAAAGAAUCAAAGAAUCCCAUCAGAUAUGGUGUUUCUUCGGACUUCAGAAAAAGCAGGUUCCUGCUUUAUUCGAACGGAUCAGCUGGAUGGAGAGACGGACUGGAAGCUGAAAGUGGCAGUGAGCUGCACGCAGAGGCUGCCGGCUCUGGGGGACCUCUUCUCGAUCAGUGCAUACGUCCAUGCGCAGAAGCCACACCUGGACAUUCAUAGUUUUGAAGGCACCUUUACCCGGGAGGACACAGACCCGCCUGUUCACGAGAGCCUCGGCAUAGAGAACACCUUGUGGGCGAGCACUGUGGUGGCAUCAGGUACUGUAAUAGGUGUUGUCAUUUAUACUGGAAAAGAAACUCGAAGUGUAAUGAACACAUCCAAUCCCAAAAACAAGGUGGGUUUGCUGGACCUCGAGCUCAACCGCCUGACCAAAGCACUGUUUCUGGCUCUCGUGGCUCUGUCGGGCGUCAUGGUGACCCUGCAUGGCUUUGUGGGGCCCUGGUACCGCAAUCUCUUCCGGUUCCUCCUGCUCUUCUCCUAUAUCAUCCCCAUAAGCUUGCGUGUGAACUUGGACAUGGGCAAGGCGGCCUACGGCUGGAUGAUCAUGAAAGACCAGAACAUCCCUGGCACAGUUGUCCGGACCAGUACCAUCCCGGAAGAGCUGGGGCGUUUGGUGUAUUUGCUGACCGACAAGACAGGUACACUCACCCAGAAUGUAAUGGUGUUCAAGCGACUGCAUCUGGGCACCGUGUCCUAUGGGCCGGACACCAUGGACGAGAUCCAGAGCCAUGUGGCGCAUGCUUACCCACAGGCGCAGCCCCAGGCCUCUGCGAGCAGCUGCACCACGCCCCCGCGACGAGCCCAGCCUGCGGCCCCCAAGAUGAGGAAGAGCGUCAGCAGCCGCGUGCACGAGGCGGUGAAGGCCAUCGCCCUGUGCCACAACGUCACCCCCGUCUACGAGGCUCAAGCCAGGGUCGCUGGGGAGACAGAGUUCACCGAGGCGGACCAGGACUUCAGCGAUGAGAACCGCACCUACCAGGCCUCCAGCCCCGACGAGGUGGCCCUGGUUCAGUGGACACAGAGCGUGGGCCUCACCCUGGUCAGCAGAGACCUGAGCUCCAUGCAGCUGCGGACACCCGGCGGCCAGACACUGACCUUCUCCGUGCUCCAGGUGUUCCCCUUCACGUCCGAGAGCAAGAGGAUGGGCAUCAUUGUCAGGGAUGAGGCCACCGCAGAGAUCACCUUCUACGUGAAAGGAGCGGACGUGGCCAUGGCCACCAUCGUGCAGUACAACGACUGGCUGGAGGAAGAGUGCGGGAACAUGGCUCGUGAAGGUCUGCGCACCCUGGUGGUGGCCCGGCGGCCGCUGACAGAGGAGCAAUACCAAGACUUUGAGAGCCGCUACGCUCAGGCCAAGCUGAGCCUCCACGACCGGACCAUCAAGGUGGCGGCCGUGGUGGAGAGCCUGGAGCGGGACAUGGAGCUGCUGUGCCUCACGGGCGUGGAAGACCAGCUGCAGGCCGACGUGCGGCCCACCCUGGAGAUGCUGCGGAACGCGGGGAUCAAGAUUUGGAUGCUGACAGGUGACAAGCUCGAGACAGCCACCUGCAUCGCCAAAAGCUCCCACCUGGUGUCCAGGACACAGGACGUCCACAUCUUCAGGCCAGUCGCCAGCCGAGGAGAAGCCCACCUGGAGCUGAACGCGUUUCGACGGAGGCAGGACUGCGCCCUGGUCAUACCUGGGGACUCCCUGGAGGUCUGCCUCAAGUAUUACGAGCAUGAGUUUGUGGAGCUGGCCUGCCAGUGUCCAGCUGUGGUGUGCUGCCGCUGCUCCCCCACCCAGAAGGCCCACAUCGUCCGGCUCCUGCAGCAGCACACGGGCAAGCGCACGUGCGCCAUCGGUGACGGCGGCAACGACGUGAGCAUGAUCCAGACUGCAGACUGCGGCAUUGGCAUCGAGGGCAGGGAGGGCAGACAGGCCUCCCUGGCGGCCGACUUCUCCAUCACGCAGUUCAAGCACAUCGGCCGGCUGCUCAUGGUGCACGGACGCAGCAGCUACAAGCGCUCGGCGGCGCUGGGCCAGUUCGUCAUGCACCGCGGCCUCAUCAUCUCCACCAUGCAGGCUGUGUUUUCCUCCAUCUUCUACUUCGCCUCCGUCCCUCUGUACCAGGGCUUCCUCAUGGUGGGGUACGCCACCAUCUACACCAUGUUCCCCGUCUUCUCUCUGGUGCUGGACCAGGACGUGAAGCCCGAGGUGGCAAUCCUGUACCCGGAGCUCUACAAGGACCUCACCAAGGGCCGGUCUUUGUCCUUCAAGACCUUCCUCCUGUGGGUGCUGAUCAGCAUCUACCAAGGUAGCGUCCUCAUCUACGGCGCGCUGGUGCUGUUCGAGUCGGAGUUCGUGCACGUGGUGGCCAUCUCCUUCACGGCCCUGGUCCUCACCGAGCUGCUCAUGGUGGCGCUCACGCUGCGCACCUGGCACUGGCUCAUGGUCCUGGCCGAGUUCCUGAGCCUCGGCUGCUACGUGGCCUCGCUGGCGUUUCUGAACGAGUAUUUCGACGUCACCUUCAUCACGACGGCCGCCUUCCUGUGGAAAGUGUCGGCCAUCACCGUGGUCAGCUGCCUCCCGCUCUACGUCCUCAAGCACCUCAAGCGCAAGCUGUCCCCGCCCAGCUACUCCAAGCUGUCCUCCUAGGCCGCCGAAAGGAGCCUCACCGGACCCAGCCCAGAGGCGUUCAUGGCAGCCG